AUGGAAGAAGGAAAGUUUUUGGGUUUCAUAGUUACAAAAGACGGUUUUAAAGUUAAUCCAGAGAAGGUGCAGACCAUUCAGCUAAUGCCAUCACCGGCAACAAUCAAGGAAAUGCAAAGGCUCGCCGGGCGACUAGCAGCUCUGAAUAGAUUUUUGGCUAAUCAUGCGGCAAAAUCUUAUCCAUUUAUCAGUACGCUGCGAAACUGCGGAAAGAAAACUCCUUUUCAAUGGACACCUGAAGCAGAAGCAGCAUUCAAGCAAAUGAAAGAAUAUUUAAUCCAGUUACCAACACUGACUGCGCCAAAAGAAAAAGAACCAUUAAUCUUAUAUCUGUCAGCCGCGGAGGUAGCAGUAGGCGCAGUAUUAAUGGUAGAGCGGGAAAAUAUCCAGACUCCAAUCUACUACAUCAGCAAAAUGCUCACCGGCCCUAAAACUCUACUGACAAAUUAUCAUUUGGGCCAAAUCUUGUCAAAACCCGACAUAGCGGGAAGAUUAGCUAAAUGGGCCAUCGAGCUAGGAGGCUACAACAUUUGUUACAAACCAAGACCAGGAAUCAAAGGGCAAGUUCUAGCAGACUUCGCCACUGAAGUUCCCGUUGAUAAAGUACAGGAAUGUGAGGCAAUCCAGAACCCGACGCCUGUUUUUGACGACAGAGUCUGGACCUUACACACCGAUGGUGCUUCCAAUGACGACGGAGCAGGAGCAGGUCUCCGAUUAGUCAGCCUGGAUAAUCACGAACUCACAUAUGCUAUCCGCUUAGAUUUCCAAAGUACCAACAAUGAAGCAGAAUACGAAGCAUUUUUAGCAGGUCUUCGUCUAGCACUCAAGAUGGGGGCAAAAAACCUUGAAGCUAACGUCGACUCAAAACUAGAAGCUGAACAAGUUAACGGUCGUUAUGACGCGAAGGGCGAAGCUAUGGCGUUGUACCUUGAACAAGCACGGAUGUUAAUCAAUCAAUUUCAGACAUUCAAAGUCAUUCACAUAAACAGAAGCGAGAACAAACAUGCUGACGCGCUAAGCAAGUUAGCUGCUAGUAGCUUUAAACACUUAGCAAAGGAAGUGCGCAUAGAGGUACUAUCCAAUCCUUCCAUUCACCUGAAACAAGUAAGUGUCAUAGAGAUGGGAAAUCCGUCCUGGAUGUCUCCAAUUAUUUUGUACCUUCAACACGGAAAACUCCCGGAAGGAAAGGCAGAAGCCCGAAAAAUACAACACAAAGCAAUAAACUACGAGAUGGCGGAUGGCAUCCUUUAUCGGAAAUCAUUCAUGGGUCCAUUACUACGUUGUGUUGAUAAAAUAGAUGCUCAGUAUCUGGUCAGAGAAAUCCAUGAGGGAUUAUGCGGGAUACACGCAGGACCGCGCAUGGUCGUGGCAAAAAUAAUGAGCGCCGGAUAG